UGUCCUGUCACUCUGCAGCCUCUCACUGCGAAAGCACUGGCUGAAGGUUGUAGGUCUACUUAAGUGUGAAGCUGGUUCCGUAAUGCAAUAAACGGCCGGUCUGGGUUCGAGCGGACACGGGUUCAUCAGAGUCUUCUGCUGCGGAAGCAACUAUUUAUUUUUGGCGUUUGACAUUAAAGUUCACCCUGUGCAAAGACCGCGGCCAGCGGCUGCGCAAACCCGCACCAGACUGGACCUCAGUGCGUCCGCUUCUUCCUCUGACACCGUGGUGAGCACAGAGCGAAUUCUGGUGAUGGAUAAUAACUGAGCGGAACGGAACAGAACACGCCUGUUGUGAGCUGUGACAGGAGAGAGGUUUUCAGUCUGUGGUGGUGAAUCAGCAUCGCUCCAUCAUGACCAAAGAGGAUGAGAUCCCAGACUGGGUCGGAGCCCAGGAGUUCUAUGACAAAUAUGAGCCCAAGGAGAUUCUUGGAAGGGGAGUGAGCAGUGUGGUGCGCCGCUGCAUCGACAAGCGCACGUCUCAGGAAUACGCGGUGAAGAUCAUUGACAUCACCCCCUCCGACAAGACGACUCCGGAGGAGAUUGAGGAGAUCAGGGAGGCGACGACGAAGGAGAUCGACAUCCUCAAGAAAGUCUGCGGAAAGGACAACAUCAUACAGCUUAAAGACUGCUAUGAGUCCAAUGUCUUCUUCUUCUUGAUUUUUGACCUGAUGAAGAGGGGUGAACUUUUCGACUACCUCACCGAGAAAGUUACUCUGAGUGAGAAGGAGACCAGGAACAUUAUGCGUGCUCUGCUGGAAGUGGUCCAAUUUCUCCACGCUCAGAACAUUGUCCACCGGGACCUGAAGCCUGAGAACAUCCUUUUAGACGACUUAAUGAACAUCAAGCUCACCGACUUUGGCUUUGCGGUGCAAAUCGGGCCGGAACAAAAGCUCAAAGAGGUGUGUGGGACGCCUGGUUAUCUCGCGCCUGAGAUCAUCGAGUGCUCCAUGGACACAGAACACGCAGGAUAUGGGACUGCUGUGGACAUAUGGAGUUCAGGAGUGAUCAUGUACACGUUGCUCGCUGGCUCUCCACCCUUCUGGCACAGGAAACAGAUGCUGAUGCUGCGUAUGAUCCUGGCGGGCAGUUACGACUUCUCAUCUCCAGAAUGGGAAGACCGCUCAGACACUGUUAAAGAUUUGAUCACUCGGAUGCUGGUGGUGGAUCCAAGGCAGCGUUACACAGCCGUUGAUGCUCUCAACCACCCAUUCUUUUCACAGUAUGUGGUGCAUGAAGUGCGGCAGUUCAGCCCAUACAGGCGAUUCAAGGUCAUUUGCAUGACUGUGCUCGCCACUAUGAGGAUCUACUGCAACUAUCGCCGUGCCAAGCCCGUCACCAAGGAGGUGAUCAAGAGCGACCCGUACGCCGUCAAGCCCAUCCGCAAACUCAUCGACGCCUGUGCGUUCAAGAUCUACGGCCACUGGGUCAAGAAGGGUCAAACGCAAAACAGAGCAGCACUUUUCGAGAACACUCCAAAGGCAAUCCUGCUGUCAAUAUCUGUGGAGGCAGACGAGCCCAUGCAGCACAUCUGGUAACGGUCAAUUCAUGUUCAGGGCAGAUCUGCCGGAGUUCAAUGGUGAAACACAUGUUCUCUAUUAGUGCUUUCUCUCUAGCAAGCGCCAGUGCAGUUUUCAUUCGGAAACCUUGGUGCUCACCGGUGAAGCAGAACCAUCAGUGGCGUGCAUCGCUCUGUGCACAAUGUGAGCUGAAGAAAGCACGGCAGUGGCAACAUGGCGGAUCACAUUGAGCUUCUGCAAGCUUUCCUUCUGUUAAAUUCUCCUGGAAAUCAGGGGACGCCCCAAAAUCACCAUCAAGCACUUAGUGUCUUCUACAGACCACUGCAUGUUCUUUGUUUCAUUCGCCAUUUUCACAUGUAUGAUGUCGUUCCUUCCUCCUCACACCUACAGCUUAAAGUGACACAUCCACUGAUGGAAUACGGUUCACACUGGAAACCAACUUUUCAGGUUUCCGAACCAAUGUACUUUCAGUGUGUGUACACGCUGACCGUUUGACGUUGAACAUUUUGUUCAGUAAUAUAACUGCCAUAAGUGAAAUUCCUGUAUGUGGCCUUCUAUACUUCUCUCCAUUGUAUUAUAGGAAUAAAAUGGUAACCAACUAUUAAAAGAAUA